GUUUUUGAUAAUUAUUUGUACCCAAGAACAUACGUCGAAAGCAACGAUGAAGCUUGAUCCCGCUGUUCUAAAACUGCUCCAGCUUGACGCCGACGCCACAUCCGUAUCCUCUGCUGGCGGCGGAGGUUGCAGCUCAGCAUCAACCUUAAAGAUCACAUCCAAGCUCAGCAAUGGCACAGAAAAGACGUUCUUCAUGAAAACUGGCAGUGGAAGUUCCGCCGCUACCAUGUUCGAAGGCGAACAUGCCUCGCUGAACGCGAUCAAUGCCGCCGUCCCAUCGCUCUGCCCACAGUCAUUUGGGCACGGGAAUUUCGAAUCAAACACGAAUACUUCGUUCCUUGUGACAGACUUCCUGCAUCUCACCGGCCGCAUGUCGUCAAAAGGGACAGCACCAUCUCUAGCACAGAAGCUGGCAAAGCUGCACACAACACCAGCGCCGACACCUGAAGGCUACGAAAAGCCCGUGUUUGGGUUUCCGGUGACGACUUGUUGCGGCGACACGCCCCAAGAUAACAGCUACAAAGAGAGCUGGGCAGAAUUCUACGCCGAAAAUCGACUUCGUUUUAUUCUGCGAGAGGGCGAGAAGGCUCAAGGCUCAGACAAGAAGUUCCACAGCCUGGUGGAGACGACUGCGUUGAAGGUCGUGCCUCGCUUGAUUGGCGAUGAUCAUCUCAACAACGGCAAGGGUGUGGCGCCGGUAGUGGUGCACGGUGAUUUGUGGAGUGGCAAUGCAAGCGUUGGCAUUAUUGGCAGUAAAGAGGGUGAGCCUGAAGACGUAGUCUAUGAUUCGUCUGCAUGCUAUGCGCAUAGCGAGUUUGAACUUGGGAUCAUGAAAAUGUUUGGUGGAUUUGGCGGAGGUUUCCUGAAGGAGUACCAUGAGCUGUGUCCGAAGGCAGAGCCGGUCGAUGAGUACGAGGAUAGAGUCAAGCUGUACGAGCUAUACCAUCAUCUGAACCACUGGGCGAUGUUUGGUGGCAGCUACAAGAGUGGUGCUGCCAGUAUCAUGCAGUCACUAGUUGGCAAGUAUGGAGGAGAUGGUUAGGGUAUGUUGAAAGCGCUGCAAGCGUGUGUUUGAUUGCGUAGAUAUACUGACUAUAGCCUCCCAGCAUAGCAUAUUAUCCUCCUUGUA